AUGAUGGUGGGUGCCACUAUUGGUGACGGGGACAAUCUCCCAGAAGACCAGGGCGACCCACUAGGCUGGAAGCACAUUCCCAGGCUGCACACAUGUCAACACUGCGACAGGAUCGUUGUAACGCACUUUCAGCUGGAGCAUGGCUUGAUACCAUUGCCCCAUACCAAGGCAGAAGCCCUUCGAGCGGAAGCAGACGGCUGCCCCAUUUUUAGGAUGCUGAAUGGGAGCUGGCAACUAAUAAAACGCCAUCAUGGACCAGGUGAUCUUCUGAAGUUUUUCAGAAUCCUGUCCGAUCCAAAAUGCUUCAAAGACCGGCAAUAUACAGUCGAUUCAGCCUCCUGGUUGUCAAGACUUUCGAACCAAAACAGAGCCCGACUGGACAAGACAGCGAUAUUUCUUCAGAAAACCAAAUUCAUUCUCGACAAUUUGCGUCGCCGACAUCUACACCUCGUCCUCGGUUUUGCGAGAGUGAAAUUCCUCCAUGGCGCAACCACAAUCGAGUGUGAGAGCGAGUUGAAGGUCUUAGACGAAUAUUCGGAAACAAUCGGGACCGAUAUGAAAGUCUUGCACAGAAGGCUCGACACGGCAAGGCUUUAUGAGAAUCUCAAGACGAUCUCUAGAACAUGCCAGUCUUCACAUGAACUUUGUCGAGUGGCGCCUAUCGGCUUCGUGCCAUCGAGGCUUCUGGAGGUCAGCCCGGACUCUGGCAAAAACCACAUCCGGCUUGUUGAGACGACAUCUGAUAGGCAGUGGUCCUGGGCAUGUCUGAGUUAUGUUUGGGGUGGUGAGCAACGUGCUAAGACGACGAGGACUCGCCUGCCUGGAUAUCUUGAGGAUAUGCAACUCACAAGGCUGCCGCAAACUAUAAAGGACGCCGUGGCUGUUUGCCGUGAGCUUGGCAUUCCGUUUUUGUGGAUCGACAGUUUCUGUAUCGUGCAAGAUGAUGAAUCAGACAAGGCACGGGAAAUACCGCAGAUGGCUCUGAUAUACCGGCAUUCCCUGCUGACGAUAUCUGCUGCAUGCGCUCACAGUGUGGAAGAGGGAUUUCUGCAUCAUGCCACGUUCCCUUCCGACAAGCUCGUGGCUCUUUCGGCGGUCGCACGAAUUUAUAGGCAGAGCAACCACGAAUACGGAGCCUACCUGGCAGGAAUUUGGGAGAACUCAAUGCCUCUGAAACUACUGUGGGACGUUCCAGCUGAAGAUUUACAUCCCAGGCCUUCUGAAUACACAGCACCUUCGUGGUCUUGGGCCUCAGUCGGCGGAGCGGUGCGGUACACGGACUGUUGCAAAAAAGUCGACAGCGGAUUGAAAAUCAUAAAUAUGCAGACGGAAACAGUCAAUAGCAACGAGUUCGGAGCGGUUACGGAUGGGACGCUUAUCCUGGAUGCUCGGGUCCGGGAUUGUCGACUGUUAAAUGAAACGGACACAGAAGCAUCGUAUCUUCAGAUUUUGAAUGGGCCCGAGGUCAAGAUAAAAGCGGACACGAUGGAUUUCUGGGCAUCAAUUUGCGGUGAUGAUAUGGAUGUCACGCUGCUACUCGUAGGCCGUGAGGAGCAGGUAAUUCCUGAUGCUGUGUCGGAACAGAGAUGCGGGCUUGUCCUGGCUAAAAACAAAGAGAGAGAGAGCUUCAGCCGCGUAGCUUACUUUGCUUCUUGCUACCGGUUUGGCGGAAUAGAAUCCGCAAGGGAGUAUGAUGAAUUCUUCGAUGGAUUCGAAAUCAAGUGCGUUACCAUCGUCUAA